AUGGAUGCAAAAGCGUCCUCCAUACGAGAGUGGGCAAGCAGGGCUUCUGGUGAUGAAGCAAUCUUGGACCAUGGAGCAGGAGGAACCAUCGCCCGUCUCUACAAGAUUUGUCACGAAUUUUGGAAAGUAUCCUGCAAUCCCAGAUCGCCAAAGAUCAAGCCUGGAAUCCCAGAAAGUCAUAUGCGAAAUGAGCUCGCUCGUUUCCAUCUUUGGGCAGUCGAUAUCAAUAUGGACACCAUAGAUAAAGCCUUGGACUUUUCCCCAUAUCUACAAAGUACGGUCUUACGGCGGCUGUUUGACAUUGGCACGCUACUUUCGUCUAGUGUUAUUGUGGAUGCCCCAGCACACGGCAUUCAUGAGGUGCGCCUUGAACUAAUGGUCAUGCUGGAUUCGUUAAAAGAUGGCUUUGCUGAGAUCAAGGACGAUUGCUCAAAUGAUAGCGAUUCAGAUACUAGCGACGGAGAAGUUUGUCUGGAGAAAGGAGUCUUUCACAUACCUGAGUCCAUUGCGUUCCACAUUAAGAGCUUGCUCGAAGCAACGCCUUCUAUCCUGCAAUGCUUCGAGCACUUGAAAACAGGAGUUCCGCUGGUUCCUCCUAUUGAAGGCUUUAUUACUUCAGGUCCAGCCCAGGCUUACAUUAUGCUUGUGCGAGACAAGUUUCCUAAAGCUUCAACUCAAUUGGUCGAGCGCCUGGGUGAAGCCAAUUGGCAGCGUCAUGCGGAAUUGCGUGAUUUUAAAGACGUUGAGGAAACAUGUGAUCCGACACCGGAGGUGGAGAUUGAGGUCUCAAAGCCAAUUUAUACAUUUCGUGACUCUGGGUACGAAUCGAAUCGAUCUGGGGAGAGUCGAUAUCCGGCUUCGAUCAUGUCUAUCAAAUCGCAUUCAUCCUUCAAAUCGGAUGAAACAAGAUCUUCUGCUACCAAAUUACGAGUUCCGUCUGUCCCUGAUGGAGUAGUGGAAGGUUCCGAACCAUGUCCAUAUUGCAGCGAAAAUCAAACGAACAUUGAUAGUCGAGUUAAAUGGAAGCGGCACGUUUUUUUUGAUCUACGGCCAUACAUAUGCACUCAUGAUGACUGCGCCGAAUACUUGACUCGAUUUGCAUUUCGUGAAGAAUGGGCAAAGCACGAGUUUUCACAACACCGCUACCAGACUAGAUGGAUUUGCCCUGAGUGUGAGACAUCACUUAGAGAUCCCGCAGCGUGGAGGCAACAUUUCAUGGAAGAACAUACACACGAUGAAGCUGCUAUAGAAGGCAGUUCGGUCGAAACUCGCCUAUGCGAAGCGCUGCAGGUUACACCUGGACUGGUAGAAACAGAGCAAUGUCAUCUUUGCCAUAACUUCUCAACUCCAAAUAAGCGGAAUUUUAUUGCGCAUGUCGGCCAACACAUGGAAGAGGUUGCGCUUCUCGCGAUACCUCGCCUUGAGAUGGAUGAUGAAGGCAAUUCAUCGGCAGACUCUGAAGCAUCAAUGAAGGUGAAGCUUACUGGAACUGAUAAGGUCCGAGAUCCAACGCCAUCAGAUGGGAAAGAGUCGCCCAUAUUACCUCCUCUCAUACCUGUCCUGCCGUGCCCCUUCGACAUCCUGGGUUGCAGACUUGAAUUUCAAUUAGAGCACGAGGCUGCAUGGAUUGAACAUAGCUUGGAUCAUUUCGUAACUAAUGGUCCAGAUGAAUAUAGAUUCGAGCCUCCGAAGGAGAACUCAUGUUGCUUUUGUGAAUGGACCUUCGGCUAUAAAGAUGGUAACGUUUCAUGGAGAGAACGAAUGCUACAUGUUGCGGGUCAUCAUCGAAUUGGUCAUACUCUCAAACAUGCUAGCCCUAAUUUCAAUCUCUUACGACAUUUCUGGCGGAAACGGGUUAUUGAUAAUGAAACUUUGACGAAACUAACGGGCAGAACACCAGAUCGGUCAUGGAUCGUUGGCGACCCCUCACCACCUGUGAUUGAGCCAAGGUUUUCAUCGGAAGAGCGCAGGCCAGAAACGUCAAAUGUUCACAGCACAGUGCUUGAUCCACCCCAGGAAAGUCAAAUCAAAGGCCAAGGCCAGCUUCCAAAAGUUGAGAACCGAGAACCACGAAGAAGCCGUAGGCAAGUGACGGACGAAGAACGAAGGCAGACAGCUGAGAAGCGUAUGGCGAGCUUUCGCUCUUGCACAUACUGCAGGAAAGCAAAAACUAAGGUCAGUAUUCAAUCCGUACGCAUAGCAUUUGUACUGACAUAUGCUGAAGAUCCAGGUCCUAUCACAAAGUCUGAGGUUGAAAAGUACGGGAGUGGCCAGGCAAAGAUCAACAAAACCCUUCCCCAAGAAUAUCUUGAAGCGGAGGAGAAAGGCGAUACUUUGACCUUCUCAAAAGCACUAGAACUUGCUCCAGACCAAAAUAUUGCACCGAAUGCCGCCCCCAAACUGCUGCAUCAGGAGAAAGACAGGGUGUGGAGCAGAAUCCGCCAUAACCCUACAACUUACAUUCUGACAAGGGAGGAAUUUGCGGUAUUAAAUUACUUCAAAGAUGACUUCGAAAAUGAACUCCUGUUUCGUUCAGCUGUGGCUCGAUUCUGGUCUAACUAUCAAGGAGAUCCCCGGACUGGUGGCUGA